AUGAACAGGGUGAAGGAUGCCCUCUUCGCAUCGUUGCAACAUAUGGGCGUAUUUGCGUAUGGUCACGAAUGCAGGGUCAUUGACUUGUUCUGUGGCAGCGGUUCUGUGGGUUUGGAGGCGCUUUCGUAUGGUGCCACGCACUGCACGUUUGUCGACGUCUCCAUUCAAUGCUGCAAGGCAACAUCUCUGAACGCGUUGCACUGCAAAUUCGAGGACAAGGAGUCCAUCACGUCGCCUUGGCUGCAUUCAAUAACAGAUACUUUUGAUUUGCUGUUCGCAUGCCCGCCCUACGAGGAGAUAGUGUACAUGGAUUUAAUGAAGCAAAUCGCCAACACAACACUGCUGAAGCCCAACUCUGUCGUUGUUGUGGAAUACCCGCGCGAAAUCGCGUAUUUACCCUGGAACAUUGAAGACGGCAAGCUGCUUGGAUAUCGCAAUCGCAAGUAUGGUCGCACUGUUGUGGCCAUUUACUGCUACAAACCAAAAGGGACUCUGCUAGAGGCGUGCAAAAAUGCACAAAAAGAAUUUGUACCAACCACAUAUGUGCGCAAGCGGCUGAAAAUUGAGGGAUUUAUAGCAAAGGAGAGUCCAGAUGCGCCUGCCAUUAUUUGA